AUGGCAUCGGGAGGGACAAGUGGCCACAGGGGAGUAAGGGUGCGGCCAACUCCGGCGGCGCACGGCCGCCUGAGCGUCAAACGGAGCCACACCACGGUGGUGGAGCCAACUGCCUCCUCCUCCCGGCCUCCUCCUCGCGCCGCCUCCUGUCGCGCCGGCCAUGGAGGGCCCCGCCGCCGCGGCGCCCCCGCCCGCCGCACCCGCCCCGCCCGUCCCGCCCGCCUCGCCCGCCCCGCCCCCGCCCCCGCCCACCCGACCGUGGCCGACGUGGUGGCGGCGACCCACGUCGGGGCCAAGCGGCGGCGGGCGGGCCUCGCACCUCCUCCUGUCGCCUCCCCGGCUCCCGCCCCGGCCACCGUCACCGCCCCGGCGCCCGCCCUCGCCGCCUCCCCGGCGCCCGCCCCAGCCACCAAGAAGAGCCGGCCGAAGGCGGCCUCUCAUGGGCCGCGAGGGGCGGCCUCCAAGGUCGCCGGCUCGUCCCCGGCCGUGACCAAGCCGCGGAAGAAGCCCGCGCAGCGGAACAAGCCCGCGGCCCCGCCCGCCGCCGUCGCCGAACCUCCUCCCGCCGCGCAUGAGGUGUUCGAGGAAAUGGCAACCCCAUGCUCGUUCAUGGACCUCCUCCAAAACGCGGAGGUGGACCUCGGAGCUCCGCCCCUAGACCCCUUUAGGGUUGGUGACGACUUGGAGGAAAAGGAGGAAGAUGAGGAGGAUGAAGGGGAUGACGAGGAGGAGGUGGCCGAGAUAGGGGAGGAGGCAUUCACCGCCGCUUCCCGCCCACACGCGCGGUCGACAAACUACACCGAGCCGGAAGAUGUCCUCUUGGUUCGUGCUUGGGCAGCUAUGGGAAUGGAUGCAACCACCGGCACCGAUCAAACCGGUAAACGGUAUUGGCAAAGGAUCGAGGACGUCUAUUGUAGGAUCAAGCCGAAGAAUAGUGGGUUCAUCCAUCGCACUUUCCGGUCGCUUCAAGGCCGGUGGGAGUUGAUCAAGCCCGCUUGUGCUCGUUGGAGUGCGGCCAUGGACCAAGUGAGGGAUGCACCACCUAGUGGAACCGUGGAGAGCAACUAUGAGACAAUUGCCGGCAUGAGGUACAAGGAGAUGGCCGCUUCCAAGGGCAAGCCAUUCCCAUUUAAGCAUGUUUGGUCACAAUUCUUCAAACCUUUGACAAGUGGAAGUUGA